AUGUGUGGUCCUGAAAUCACCAACAAGCCUCGUGGGGGUGCACUUGCUGCCCUCAGUUCUCCAGAUGAUGCCGGCCGGCUAAGAACCAUUUGCGGCGACCUCGCCUUUCAUACUCCAGGUCGUCCGGAGAGCAAUGAGGCGACUCAUGCGAGACUGACACCAGAUGCCGCGUACGACGCAAGAACACUAUCAAAUCUCCAUGUUGUUAUUCAUUCCAGCGGUGACAUGACGAGAACAGCAGAAGAUUGCGGCACGUUUCAGCAGUUUCAAUUUCCCACGACAACAGAAUCAUUCGACAAGACUUUUAUUGAACUCCCGCUCGACAAACCGCUGUCACUCGAAGUCGGCAAUGAGGGAAUCAUCGGUCGGCGAGUAUCGCUGUAUUCUCGCUCUGCCCCCAGCCGAGUCGUAGCCGAGGGCAUCGUGGGAUUCAACUUCCUCAACAUGGCCCAUCCAUCUCUCUAG